AUGAAUGCCAAUUUGAUCGUUAUUAAACGUGGAAGAGAUUCUGUCUGUACAGAUGCUGGGAAAUGUAUAUCUUUUUCUGGAAGACUUUGUGGCCGUAAUGUAUUGGUAGGGAAGGGAUUAGCACGUACUAUUGUAUCUGACUGUGGGCCAAGAGGAAAAUGUAUGGGUGGACGUUGCAGUAUUGAUAAAUGUGCCGAUAUUCUUUGUGACGAAACAAAUGAAAUAUGUCGUGAUGGAAUGUGUAUGUCCAUAACAUCAAUUUUAUGUUUUUCACCUUUUGAUUGUGGUCCCCCAUCCUUUUAUGAAUGUAAACAACAAAAAUGUCAGCGUCGUUUUGAUACUUUAGGACCUGUUUUAACUCAUCCUUCACCAAAAUGUGAUCCUGGGGAAAUUUUAAGUGGAGAUAAAUGUGUAACAAAUGAUGGAGAAGCUUGUACAAGAAUUGUUUGUCCUUCAGGGAAUAGUUGUUUUAAUGGACUUUGUAUUCCUUCAAGUGGAACAAAUUGUGCUAAUUCAGGGGAAUGUCCAGAUUUACAUCUUUGUCGGGAUGGACGUUGCGUUUCUGAUGUUUGUGCAGCAAAUGGAAAAGUGAAAUGUCCCCCAGAACAUGCUUGUUCCCCAACAAGCAAUCCUGAAGGAGAAUGUAGACAUUUUCAAGGUUUAUUGUGUUCACAUACAGCUGCAAUUGAAGAUUGUCCUCCACCUUAUUAUUGUAUUGGAGGUAUUUGCACAAAAGACGAAUGUUAUAGAAAAGCUUGCCAAAUUGGCGAACGUUGUGAUUCUGGAAUUUGUUUAAGAAUUGAAGGUACUCCAUGCCGGGAUGCAGCCAAAGAAUGUGGAGAACAAUUUACUUGUGAUAAUGGUAUUUGCCGUGAUCAAAUUGAUGUCCAAUCGACUACAAUAUUCCCUUUUAAUAAUAACAAUCCUUCUAUUAAAUCUUCCCAAUCUGGGGGGAUUUGGAGUUAA